AUGUCUGGCGAGACCUUCGAGUUCCAGGCUGAGAUCUCUCAGCUGCUCUCCCUCAUUAUCAACACAGUCUACUCCAACAAGGAGAUCUUCCUGAGAGAACUCGUAUCCAACUGUUCCGAUGCUCUCGACAAGAUCCGGUAUGAGGCCCUCUCCGACCCGAGCAAGCUCGAGUCCGGCAAGGAUCUCCGCAUCGACAUCAUCCCAGACAAGGAGAACAAGACCCUCACCAUCCGCGAUACCGGUAUCGGUAUGACCAAGGCCGAUCUCGUCAACAACCUGGGCACGAUCGCACGAUCAGGCACCAAGCAAUUUAUGGAGGCUCUCACCGCUGGUGCUGAUAUCUCUAUGAUUGGUCAAUUCGGUGUUGGUUUCUACUCUGCCUACCUCGUUGCCGACCGCGUCACCGUUGUUUCCAAGAACAAUGAUGAUGAGCAGUACAUCUGGGAGUCCAGCGCUGGUGGCACUUUCACCCUCACCCCAGACACCGAGGGCGAGCCUCUUGGACGUGGCACAAAGAUCAUUCUCCACCUGAAGGAUGAGCAGACCGACUACCUGAACGAAGCAAAGAUCAAGGAGGUCAUCAAGAAGCACUCCGAAUUCAUUUCAUACCCAAUCUAUCUCCAUGUCUUGAAGGAGACCGAGACUGAGGUUCCUGAUGAGGAUGAGGAAGAGACCAAGGGAGAGGAUGAUGACGAGAAGAAGGCCAAGAUUGAGGAGGUAGAGGAUGAAGAUGAGAAGAAGGAGAAGAAGACCAAGAAGAUCAAGGAGUCCAAGAUCGAGGAGGAGGAGCUCAACAAGCAAAAGCCAAUCUGGACCCGCAAUCCUCAAGAUAUCAGCCCCGAGGAAUAUGCAUCCUUCUACAAGUCCCUCUCCAACGAUUGGGAGGACCAUCUCGCGGUUAAGCACUUCUCCGUUGAGGGUCAACUCGAGUUCCGCGCAAUCCUCUUCGUUCCCAAGCGCGCUCCAUUCGAUCUUUUCGAGACCAAGAAGACCAAGAACAACAUCAAGCUCUACGUCCGCCGUGUCUUCAUCACUGAUGAUGCCACCGAUCUCAUUCCUGAGUGGUUGAGCUUCGUCAAGGGUGUUGUCGACUCAGAGGAUCUUCCAUUGAACUUGUCCCGUGAGACUCUUCAACAGAACAAGAUCAUGAAGGUCAUCAAGAAGAACAUCGUCAAGAAGGUUCUUGAGCUCUUCGCCGAGAUCGCCGAGGAUAAGGAGCAGUUCGACAAGUUCUACACUGCGUUCAGCAAGAACAUCAAGCUCGGUAUCCACGAGGAUUCGCAAAACCGACAGGCUCUUGCCAAACUCCUCCGAUUCAGCUCCACCAAGUCAGGCGAUGACAUCACCUCCCUCUCCGACUAUGUCACCCGCAUGCCAGAGCACCAGAAGAACAUGUACUACAUCACUGGCGAGUCCCUCAAGGCCGUUCAGAAGUCACCUUUCCUUGAGUCUCUCAAGGAGAAGAACUUCGAGGUUCUAUUCUUGGUUGACCCUAUUGAUGAGUAUGCCAUGACUCAGCUCAAAGAAUUCGAGGGCAAGAAGCUCGUUGAUAUCACCAAGGACUUCGAGCUUGAGGAGACCGAGGAGGAGAAGACCCAGCGCGAGGCUGAGGAGAAGGAGUAUGAGGAUCUUACCAAGGCACUCAAGAACGUUUUGGGUGACAAGGUCGAGAAGGUCGUUGUCAGCCACAAGCUCAUCGGUGCACCUUGCGCCAUCAGAACUGGCCAAUUCGGCUGGUCCGCCAACAUGGAGCGUAUCAUGAAGGCUCAAGCUCUCCGUGACACCUCAAUGAGCUCUUACAUGUCCUCCAAGAAGACCUUUGAGAUCUCACCCCGCUCCCCAAUCAUCAAGGAGCUCAAGAAGAAGGUUGAGACUGAUGGUGAGAACGACCGAACCGUCAAGUCGAUCACCCAACUGCUUUUCGAGACCUCCCUCCUCGUUUCCGGCUUCACUAUUGAAGAGCCUGCUGGAUUUGCAGAGCGCAUCCACAAGCUUGUCUCUCUCGGCUUGAAUGUCGAUGAGGAGCCAGAGGUUACCGAGGCAGUUGAUGAGGCGAUAACCGAUGCCCCUGCUGAGACCGCCAUGGAGGAGGUCGACUAG